UUAUUAAAGAAAGACCGUUGAUGCUACGUUGGUCAUAUACAAAAAGGCCAAUUUACGUGAGACAGAGAGAAGCAAGAAUCUAUCCCUUUCGCGACGCUCCGUCGCAAGGUACCAAACCCAGCAACAAUGCUUUCCUUCUUCUUGCUCUUCCUCACCGCCACCGCCACCAACUCCCCCUUUGUCCAUCCUCAAGCACUCCCUCCGAGCCCGAGCCCGAGCCCGAACCCGAGCCCGAGCCCGAGUCCCAAAAGCAUCUUCCUCCUCGCCGGGCAGAGCAACAUGGCGGGCCGAGGAGGCGUGGUUAACAUCUCGCCCACCGGGUGGGUCGAAAAGUGGGACGGCGUCGUCCCUCCCGAGUGCGGCCCCAACCCGUCGAUCCUCCGGCUCGCGGCGAACCUCACGUGGGUCGAGGCACGCGAGCCGAUCCACGCGGACAUCGACUUGAACAAGACGAACGGGAUCGGCCCCGGCAUGGCGUUCGCCAACGCCGUUCUGGGCCGGGACCGGAGCCUGGGCUCGGUGGGGCUGGUGCCGUGCGCGGACGGCGGGACGAAGAUAAGCGAGUGGGAGAGAGGGACGGUUCUGUACGACCGGCUGAUGAGGCGGGCGCGGGCGGGGACGGGCGGCGGCGGCGGCGGGAGGACGAUCAGAGCGCUCCUGUGGUACCAAGGAGAGAGCGACGCGAUGGCGGAAAGCGACGCCGCGCUGUACAAAGGGAGGUUGGAGAAGUUCUUCUCGGACGUGAGAGCUGAUCUGCAGUCGCCGGAGCUACCGAUUUUUCAGGUGGCUAUCGCGUCGGGACUAGGACCAUUCACCGAGACGGUGAGAGAGGCCCAGCUCGGGCUCGACCUUCCGAACGUGCGAACUGUCGACGCCAAGGGACUGCCUCUCGGGCGUGAUCACGUCCACCUAACUACCCCGGCCCAGGUCCGGCUCGGCCAGAUGCUGGCCGACGCUUUCCUUCAGUCCGUGCCUGGCCCCGCGCCGCUCGCGAGCAAAGCUUCCACGAGGGGUUCGAAUCUUGUUUUCCACGUUCUGCCCUUUUUUACGUGGAGAUUUGUCGAGGCAGUUUUCAUUAACAGAUGAUUAAUGAUUUACGGUUUCUGUUUUUGGAUUGGAAGGUAAUUGACGAUUCAUUUGUUUUGGACUC